UAAAUGUGGCUGCUGAGGCGGCGCUGGCGGUGGCCGGACCUGCUGCUGCUCGGCUCCGAGUUCCCCCUCGCCGCGGCGCUUUGCUGCCCCCCGGGGCUGCCGCCGCCAGCUCCUUUUCCCCUGGGCCUGGCCUUGCAGCGUGGCGACGAUGGACAAGAUCCUGGAGGGCCUGGUGAGUUCCUCGCAUCCUCUGCCCCUCAAGCGGAUGAUUGUGCGGAAGGUGGUGGAGUCCGCGGAGCACGGGCUCGACGGGGCGCAGUGCGAGGCCAUGUUUGACCUGACGACCCGUCUCAUCCUGGAGGGCCCGGACCCUUUCCAGCGACAAGUGGGCCACCAGGUGCUGGAGGCCUACGCGCGGUACCACCGGCCGGAGUUCGAGUCCUUCUUCAACAAGACCUUCGUGCUGGGCCUCCUUCAGCAGGGCUACCACUCACUGGACAGGAAGGACGUAGCCAUCCUGGACUACAUUCACAACGGCCUGAAGCUGAUCAUGAGCUGCCCGUCGGUGCUGGACCUCUUCAGCCUGCUGCAGGUGGAGGUGCUGCGCCUGGUCUGUGAGAGGCCGGAGCCGCAGCUCUGUGCCCGCCUCAGCGACCUUCUGACGGAUUUCGUGCAGUGCGUCCCCAAAGGGAAGCUGGCCAUUACCUUCUGUCAACAGCUGGUUCGAACGAUAGGGCACUUCCAGUGUGUGUCCACCCAGGAGAAGGAGCUGCGGGAGUAUGUCUCCCAGGUAACAAAAGUGAGUAACUUACUCCAAAAUAUCUGGAAGGCCGAGCCCUCCACGCUGCUACCUUCUCUGCAAGAAGUUUUUGCAAGCAUCUCUUCCACAGAUGCAUCCUUUGAGCCCUCGGUCGCCUUGGCCAGCCUUGUGCAGCAUAUUCCUCUGCAGAUGAUCACGGUCCUCAUCCGGAGCCUGACCGCCGACCCGAAUGUAAAAGACGCCAGUAUGACCCAGGCUCUCUGCAGAAUGAUUGACUGGCUAUCUUGGCCAUUGGCUCAGCAUGUGGAUACGUGGGUAAUUGCUCUCCUGAAAGGACUGGCAGCUGUUCAGAAGUUUACUAUUUUAAUAGACGUUACUUUGCUGAAAAUAGAACUGGUUUUUAAUCGACUUUGGUUUCCUCUUGUGAGACCUGGUGCUCUUGCGGUUCUCUCUCAUAUGCUGCUUAGUUUUCAGCAUUCUCCAGAGGCAUUCCAUUUGAUUGUUCCUCAUGUGGUGAACUUGGUUCACUCCUUCAGAAGUGAUGGCCUGCCUUCUAGCACAGCCUUCUUAGUGCAGGUAACGGAGUUGGUGCACUGUAUGAUGUAUCACUACUCCGGAUUUCCAGAUCUCUACGAACCUAUCCUGGAGGCAGUAAAGGAUUUUCCUAAACCCAGUGAAGAGAAGAUUAAGUUGAUUCUCAAUCAAAGUGCCUGGACUUCUCAAUCCAAUGCUUUGGCAUCUUGCUUGUCUAGACUUUCUGGAAAAUCUGAAACUGGGAAAACUGGUCUUGUUAACCUGGGAAACACAUGUUACAUGAACAGUGUUUUACAAGCAUUGUUUAUGGCUACAGAUUUCAGAAGACAAGUGUUAUCUUUAAAUCUAAAUGGGUGUAAUUCAUUAAUGAAAAAAUUACAACAUCUUUUUGCCUUUUUGGCUCAUACACAAAGGGAAGCGUAUGCACCCCGGAUAUUUUUUGAGGCUUCCAGACCUCCGUGGUUUACUCCCAGGUCGCAGCAAGACUGCUCUGAGUACCUCAGGUUUCUGCUGGACAGGCUCCAUGAAGAAGAAAAGAUCUUACGCGUGCAGUCCUCACAUGAGCCUUCGGAAGGUCCAGGCUGUGCUGACACUUCUUUACAGGAAGUGGCCGGUAAGGCAGCUGCAGCCACGGGGUCUCCUGGCACCAGUGCCGGUGAGGAGAAGACUUUAGUAGAGAGGAUGUUUGGAGGGAAGCUGCGGACCCAUGUCUGCUGCCUGAACUGCAGGAGCACCUCACAGAAGCUGGAGGCCUUCACAGACCUCUCGCUGGCCUUUCGCCCUGCCCCUUCUGUGGAAGACGUGUCUUUUCAAAAUCCAGCUUCCUUACCCAGUGCACAAGAUGAUGGCCUAAUGCAGACCAGUGUGGCUGACCCAGAGGAAGAGCCAGUAGGUUAUAACCCGGCUACAGCUGCUUUCGUCUGCGACUCGAUUGUGAAUGAGAGAGUAGUAGGCAGUCCUCCUGUUGAAUUUCACUGUGCAGAAAACAACUCUGUCCCUAGUGAGUCUGCAAAGAUUCUCAUCAGUAAGGAUGUGCCUCAGAACCCAGGAGGUGAAGCCACACCUUCGGUAACUGACUUACUAAACUAUUUUCUGGCUCCAGAAAUUCUGACUGGUGACAACCAAUACUAUUGUGAAAACUGUGCCUCUCUGCAGAAUGCUGAAAAAACUAUGCAAAUCACAGAGGAGCCCGAAUACCUUAUUCUUACCCUCCUGAGGUUCUCAUAUGACCAGAAGUACCAUGUGAGAAGGAAAAUCCUAGACAAUGUGUCAUUGCCACUGGUUUUAGAGUUGCCAGUUAGAAGAACUGCUUCCUUCUCUUCCUUGGCAGAAAGUUGGUCUGUAGAUGUUGACUUCACUGAUAUUAAUGAGAACCUAGCUAAAAAAUUGAAGCCUUCUGCGACUGAAGAAGCUUUCUGCCCCACACUAGUGCCCUACCUGUUAAGUUCUGUUGUUGUGCACUCUGGGGUGUCCUCUGAAAGUGGACAUUACUAUUCUUAUGCCAGAAACAUCACAGGUACAGAGUCUUCAUACCAGAUGUGCCCCGAGUCUGAACAUCUGGCAUUAGCCCCCUCCCAGAGUUGUUUACUAGGGGGAGAAAGCUCCAGUGCAGUCAUUGGACAGGACUUGGAAAAUAAGGAAAUGUCACAAGAGUGGUUUUUAUUUAAUGACAGCAGGGUGACAUUUACUUCGUUUCAGUCAGUCCAGAAAAUCACAAGUAGGUUUCCAAAAGACACAGCUUACGUGCUUUUGUACAAAAAACAGAACAGUGCUAAUGGCUUACGCGGCGACAAUCCAGCCAGUGGUGUCUGGGUCAAUGGAGACCCACCACUACAGAAAGAGCUAAUGGACGCCAUAACGAAGGACAACAAACUGUAUUUACAGGAACAAGAGUUGAAUGCUCGAGCCCGGGCCCUACAAGCUGCAUCUGCUUCAUGUUCAUUUCGGCCCAAUGGAUUUGAUGACAAUGAUCCACCAGGGAGCUGUGGGCCAACUGGUGGAGGGGGUGGAGGAGGAUUUAAUACAGUUGGCAGACUCGUAUUUUGACCCUGAGAGAAUUGAAAAUGCAUCUGGUCACAAAACAUCCAGUACUAUGGCUGUUAAAAUGUCAGGCUGUAACGGAUAGCAUAUCUAUCUUUUAUUUUUCUUUUCAUUAGACCCAAAUAUUUUAAGAAAACACACUCAGUGUUUUUAUUUUCUUGAAAUACAAAAUGCAUCAUGGAAAAAAAAAUCUACCUCUUAAACUUCCAUUUGCAUUUAUGGUUAGACACGCUUGACCAAAAAUGUUGAGAGGAAAAAAGCAUACCUGGUCCCUAAUUAAGCUGCAUUAGAUUUGGUAGAAGGAUUUAAAUGGUGGAUUUUCAGUUUUACUGAACGAAAAUAAUCCAGUUAGCAUUCUUUAUAAAAGAAUUGAUGCUAGAGUUUCAAUAUAUAUAUUGUUUUAAGAAAAAUGAAAAUCUUUGUUUCUGGUAGAAUUACCCCAUUAUUAAAUUCAAGUCUUUGGAAACAGUAAAGAUGACCAGUCUCUGGAGGCAAUAACAGUUUAAACUUCAGCUGCCAGACUUGGGGCCUUCUGCGCAUGCUGUCCUCAGCAUCGCUCUUGGUUUCAAGGACUAGUGUCUUUUAAAGGAUAUUUACACACACAUGGUGAGUGAAUUUACAGAAGGUGCAUGACCCUGUAAGGGCAGUGUUUUUAACCUGACUUUGUAGUAUUUCCAGUUGUCCAAGGACUUUAAAAUCCUGUUUUAGGGAGUGUAUCUCUUGUGUGUUUCACAGGAGUUGAGUCCUGUAUGUGCCUUGCAGUACUGUAAUUCAAACAUAGGUAUCUUUGGCUGCAGAAAGUUUUCUAAAACAAAAUGUUAGGAAUUAAAUUUUGUGCUAACAUUAAAAUUAUAAUUUUUAAAAGUAUUAGAUUUUUUUUCAGAAGUAAAAUCUGAUGAUUCUAAAGCAGUGAGUGCAAUGGUAAAUUUCUAACUCUUAGAAAAAUUCAGAGGAAAUGAAGCUAGUUUAAGUAAAAGAUCUUCAAUUGAUUUGUUACUGAAUCCUCAAAACAUUAAACAUUGAUAAUAUGUUCA